AUGGCCCCGCCCCCCGGACUGGGCCCGAUCCUGAGGCUGGGGCUGGGCCUGAGCCUGAGCCUGAGCCUGAGCCUGGGUCUGGGUCUGGGUCUGGGUCUGGGCCCGAUCCUGAGCUCGGAGGCUGCAGAACAGAACCAGCCCCGGUAUCCACAUGUGUCCAUGUAUCCCUAUAUCCAUCCCUGUAUCCUGUAUCCCUGUAUCCUGUAUCCUCUCUCUCAUCUGACGCCUCUUUCCCCACAGGAAUCCCCAGAGCUGCCGAUGCCUCCACUGAUGGCAGGACCAAAGCUGCUGCAUGACCCCUAUGGGGACAAACCUGCUGCUCACGUUGUGGCCUCCUCCUCCUCCCCCUCCCUCCAAUGGGCGGCUGACGUCGCGCCUGCGCAGAUGCGCAACGGGUUCCGUCUCCAUGGCAACCGCCUGGUCGUCCCUCGCGACGGCCUCUACUUCGUCUACGCAGCCGCAGCCUUCCAGGGGGGGGGGGGAUGCUCCUCCCCUCCCCCCCCCCUCCUCCGCUUGGCCGUAUCCCGGUAUUCCCAAGAGUAUCCCAAGGACGUGACCCUGCUCACGGCCGUGCGCUCCGUGCGUCGGGAAUGCCGGGGGGGGGGGGCGGCGUUGCCAUGGAGACGGGGGGAUGCGUUGUCAUGGGGGCGUUGCCAUGGGGACGGGCAUCGCUGUUGCCAUGGCGACGGGCUCUGGUUCGAGUCCCUGUACCAAGGGGCCGUGUUCCAGUUGCGCCGUGGGGACCAGUUAGCGGCCACCACUACAGCUGGGAGGUUCCUGGACCUGCACGGGGGGGGGGGAGCGUAUUUUGGGGUGGUGGGGAUGGAUUGA